AUGUCAAAAACGACCGUUGUAUUUUAUCAUAUUAUUAAUGAUAAAGAAGAUAAAAAUGCUCAAAAUGUUUUUUAUAUAUCUAAGCCAAUAAGUUUAAUAACUUUAAAUGACAUUAAAAAUGAAUUUCCUCUCAUAGGAACGUAUCACUUCAGAUUUAAAAUAAUACAUAACAAUAUUCCCGCGUGGGUUGAUAUUAAUGAUGAGUCCUCCCCUGUUCCUUGCUUCAAUUCCUGCAUAUACGCAAAAGUUUUGAGACUAAGUUGGGUGGAUUACAAAUGGAACAAGCAAAAUUUAAACGAGAAAAUUUUAAACGAGAAAAUUUUAAACGAGAAAAUUUUAAAUGAUAAAAUUAUAAAUGAACAAGGUGUAACAACAAAGUCGUAUAAUAAAACCAAUAAAACAGUUUCUGAAGCAAAGGAAAAAAAUAUAGAUGAUAAUGGUACUAAUCAUAAAUCAAAAAGUAACAUUGACAUGUUAUUAUUUGAAACAACUCCCAAUAAAUCCAGUAAUACAAAUAUAGGCGAGAAAAAAGAUAACACAAAAGAUCAAAAUUACUUUGAUUUAAUGUUUAAUUAG